GAAGCUACACCAUUGACUCAUUCAUUCUUAUCUAAUCCUAAGUCUAUCUUUAUUGCAUUUUGUAUAGGUGGUCACACUGGCUGUAUACUUGUACUUCACCGCUGCACUUUUUGGGAAGCAAUUCAUUGAAAAUGAUCAUGAAUUGGACCUUUAUAUCCCUAUAUUCCUGUUUCUCGAGUUCUUUUUCUAUACUGGAUGGCUCAAAGUCGCUGAAACAAUGGUAAAUCCUUUUGGAGAAGAUGAUGACGACUUUGAGGUAAAUUGGCUGAUUGAUCGAAAUUUCACUAUUUCCUUCAUGAUUGUGGACGAUAUUCGAGACGAGUAUCCAGAAUUGGCAAGAGACAUUUGGUGGGACGAGGUUUUCCCAACCUCACUUCCGUACACACUUGCGGCACAAAAAUUUAAAGUAGAUAAUUACGAGGGAAGCGCUGCAAUGCAAGACGUUGAACUGGAAGGCGACCAAACGUUAUUUAUCAUGCCGGAGAAACCAAGGGGUUUAGUGGAGCCUUCACUUUUGGGUGCAUCGUCAACUAAUCAAGGAAUUUCUCACCGUUCAGAUGAUCAAAAAGCUGGACAACGACAUGACGAUACAAGUUCAAUCUCUACCCAUGCAUCCAGUUUGAAUCACUACGGACAAAAGCAUAACAUUUUUGGCCAAUAUAAAUACAACAAUUAACUGUAAUCCCAAAUUAGAUGAAAUCUGACUAACAAAACCCACAAAAGCAAUAAAUAAUUUAGUAAUUUUCAUGAACUCAUUUAUAGCUUUUCCUAAUAUAUGAGAUCCCCGAAAUGUGAAUGAGGUGUAAUAAAUGAUUUUUAAUAAAAAUGAUGGAAUACAGAGAAGUUUAAUAUUCAUUUGUGCUUAAAACUAUUCAUAAUUUUGUAAAUAAAUCAUCACCAUUCACAAUAAAUAAUCCCAUGUAUUCAAGCAGAACACGUAAACUCGUCGAUUGACGAGAACCCAGUAUAUUUUUCUCAUGAAAUUAACAAAAUAAAUGCAUUUUAAAAUAUUAAAGAUAAAUAUUGAAUUAUA